AUGUGGUAUUACCGCCACUCAGUCACAGAUUUUGCCUGCUGCAUGGACCACUUCGUCUUUGUUAUCUGGCUGGACCUGCCCAUGUAUCUCCUGCGGACUAGAAAGCCGAAGGAUGCUCUCAAGGCGGCUUUGUGGAAGGGAAGCAACUACUUGUUCAUCCAGCUGAUGUGGAAAUACGUCAAUCAUCACGCGGCCUUUUGCGUGAGUCUCCUAUCACCGGCCCUCUCUGCUACUGGGCCUGAUAGUAGGUAG